AUGCCUGGACCUGCACCCAAGCCCUCACCAGUCCAGUCGACAAUCCUCAUGUGUCACUUUCUGAUCGAUGAACUGCAAGUCGAGAUUGAACCAUUCUUUGCAACUGUGACCAGUUUACUGGACAAACCUGGAGACAUUGAAGUGACAGCCCAGAGUGACACUCCAUCGGCUGCAGAAAUUCUGGAGGUUGAAUACCCAUGUGAGCAGUCAACAGUGAACAUCGUUGAGCAUCUGCAAGUGCUUGAGGCGAGGGCUGAGGAUGAGGAAUUUGAGCUGGAGCAGGUCUACUGGCUGCUGGAGAUGUUGGCAAGGCAGGUAACACAUCAGAUUGAGACUGUGUGGGCUAGACAGGAGGAGCUGUGA